ACGGACCGUGCACGCUGGUAUGCAUGCUAUCUUCUUCAGCCAGCGGCAGGUGCUUGGCAUAUUUUUCCUAUUGAUGAAGUAAAUAGUGGUAUCUUAUAUUGAACUGGUCAUGGCGCUUCUCAGCUCAGCUGCUCGUGAGCGCGAGAUCGUUCGCUCUCUCAAUCGACCGGGGAAAAUGAUUUAUGUCACCUGUUUUUCGAUGACGGCUUGAAUGAACGUGAUUUAUGGUUUUCCUCUAAAAUUUCUGUUGAAAACGCCAAAUGGAAUUAUUAUUUUGCUUCAUUAGGAGUUUCCACUUUGGAAUUUAAUUGGAUUUUAACCUUCCUGGAUUCGCGAAGUUUUGAUUAACGACCGGUGUAAGGGGUUCUAUUUCUGAUUUUUUUUUUACUCUGGUUGAAAGGGAUAGCUUUAUCGGGAGGAGGUGAUGGCCUAUCGGGAGGGCCAGGGGCUGGAGCAGGAGCGAAGUCCCAUUCGUCCUGAGAGAGAUCUCAGUGGUGCUUUAAGUUUAUCCGCCGAAGCCUUGACGUUACUCGGUAAUAUAUUGCCAGUGAUAGUGGUGUUCAGGUUCAAGACUCGAGCCGAGAGGACGGUCACAGACAUCCUGAUUGGAACUCUUGCGAUCAAUGAUAUCUUUUCGGUGCUAUUGCCUCUACCAGUUUCUCUACCCAGUUUCAUUGCUCCUGGUCCCGAAUCCGUAUGGCACGGGGGCAAGGCGGCGUGUAUUUUCUACCAAUUUUCUGUCUACUGGCUCCAAAACUCUGCCAUGCUUCUCGUCACUGCCAUGGCCUUAGAACGGUGGUUAGCCGUCGCGUUCCCAAUGCGAUACAAAAGCUGGACCACGCGCGGACGAGCACGAACCAUGAUCGUCGUCAUCUUCGGAUCGACGUUCGUUGUCGCGUGCCUGCCAGUCAUGGGCCUGGCUCCACCGGCUGUGUCGAAACACGGCAGCAGGUUCUGCCGUUCCUGGAUCGCUACGCAACCGGAGGUCUGGUACCACACCAUCUUCCCCAUAGUUCUUAUAUCCCAGGGCUGGGUCUCUAUGGUCCUGGUCCUGGUCCUGAAUGUGUGCUUGAUGGUUAGACUAACGAGGUUUAGGAGGAGACUCAAAACGGACCGAGGUGAAAUGACCACGGAGAGAAAAUCAAUACGUGAAUUUACAAAACUAGUUCUUGUCGUCGCUGUGCUUUUUUACUGUACCUGGUUACCUGUACUCGUGAGUAUAAUCAUUUAUUUCUUAUUUAAUAUCAGUUAUCUUUUCAUUCAACAGAAUUGUAAAUUCAUCAAAGUAUUAAAAGGAAAGGAAUGUGAAAUUCAAUAA